CGAUUUAGUUGUCAAGAGAAAUCUGAACCAGAAUCAUAUCACAACAGUUUUUACUGCCGAAACGAAUACAACUACUCGUCUGAGGAUAAAAAAUAUAGCAGUUGUUUAAAUUAAAAGUACUUUUGGCACGAGACGAAUAUGUCCCCAGUUCCCAACCAGGAUGAAGGCUCGCAGUCCUGCCCACAGGUUGACACCUUGGACCAGAAGGAGGAGCCUGACCAGGACUCGAUGAAAGUAGUGGAACUAGGCGACGAGCUCGGCCAAGAGGAACCUUUGGAUUAUAAUGAUACAUCGGUUGAAGAAUUGGUCGAGAAGUGGAAGCAGCGCUCCGAGGAGCGCGACUGUCAGUAUGCGUCCAUCGGUUUGCAGUCCGAGAAGAUACUUGCGGAGCUAUGCUCCAUUUCUGAGCAAAUAAAGCAGAUCCAAAUGAGGUCCAACGAGGAGGCAGCUGAUAAUCAAGCAGCCGGUGAUCAACGCGACGGUAAUCAAGGCGAAAUCGAUCAAGGCAAUGGCGAUCAAGACAAUACUGAGCCACAAGAUGACGAGAAUAAAGAAAAUUCGAAUCGAGUCAAUGCUGAUCAAGGUUAUUACCAAUGGGAUGCCGAUCAAUUCUUUGUCUACCAAGGGGAUGCUGGUCAAGGGAGCGCCGGACAAGGGGAUUCUAAUCAAGACGAUGCUGAUACAGCCCCGUCGUCGGUGUCGCCGGCCUAUUUUACCUUCUAGGCGCAGUUUACUUUGUUUAUUUUUAAUUAAAUUUGAACUUUUUCGGCCA